GACCACGGAAUCCCGGAAACUCAGGGUGGCUCGCAGAAACGUCACUUUCUUUCAAUUCGACUUCUCGCCGGCCGAUUCUUCCCUGCCGCCUUUCUCAAGAUGGCCGCCGCCUUCGAUGACGAGGACCUCUCGGUCUCCCUCUCAUCAUAUCAUCAAGAUCCCAAUCGGCCACGCGAUCAACCACCACCCGGUGCCGUGCCUAGCGUCAACCCGACAGCCAUGGCCAUGCCGCCGCCGCCGCGACCCAAUACCCUCAAUCCCAACAAUGGCAGCCACAGUUCUUCGUCGGUACAGUCGCCCGCCACGCGGCGGGACAUGCAGCGGCUGGAUCAGUACAAGACAGUGAAAGUCUUGGGCGAGGGCUCGUUUGGGAAAGUCAAGUUAGCUAUUCAUCAGCCCAGCGGCCGCCACGUUGCCCUCAAAAUCAUCCCACGCCGGAAAUUGCUAUCCAGAGAUAUGGUCGGCCGGGUAGAACGUGAGAUACAAUACUUGCAGUUGUUACGGCAUCCGCAUAUUAUCAAAUUAUAUACUGUGAUUCCUACGAAAUCCGAUAUCGUCAUGGUAUUAGAAUACGCAGAAAGGGAAUUGUUCGACUACCUGGUGAAACGAGGCAAAUGCAACGACGAUGAAGCCCGCAAGUUCUUCCAGCAGAUAAUAUGCGCCGUCGAGUACUGUCACCGACAUAAAAUUGUGCACCGAGACUUGAAGCCCGAGAAUUUACUGAUCGAUAGCGAGAAGAAUGUCAAGAUUGCCGAUUUUGGUCUUAGUAAUAUUAUGACGGACGGAAACUUUUUGAAAACAAGCUGCGGAAGCCCCAACUAUGCAGCGCCCGAAGUCAUCUCCGGCAAGUUGUAUGCCGGGCCCGAAGUUGACGUCUGGAGUUGCGGAGUCAUUUUAUACGUCCUUCUCGUCGGCCGAUUACCGUUUGACGACGACUACAUCCCUGCGCUAUUCAAGAAAAUUUCCGCUGGAAACUUCCAUAUGCCAUCCUACAUUUCCCCGGGAGCUGCGCGACUUAUCAGAGCCAUGCUGCAGGUUCACCCUGUUCAUCGAAUCAGCAUUCCGGAUAUCCGACAAGAUCCCUGGUUCCUGCAAGGCUUACCAGCAUAUCUUCAGCCACCGCCAGAAGAUUUCAUUGCGACGGGUGCUGAUCCAAACAAAGCUGUUGAUCGUCGUAAGAUUGCUCCGGGAAAACCAGACUCGUUCCAGGAAAAGAUACACGAAUCUGCGGUGAACAAACUCGAACACACCAUGGGAUACAAAAAGGAGGAAAUUGAAGACGCUCUGCGGAAGUCCGAGCCAAGUGCAGUCAAAGACGCCUUCUUCAUCAUCGCAGAAAAUGAGCUGAUGCAGACUAACUCUCCCCGGGAUGAUAGUCCUGUGGCCAAUUCACCUCCCGCGGCAGCCUCUCCUCCUCCACAACAAAAACCUGCGGUUCAAUCGCCGCAAUCUCCCAAAGCUGCUGUAGCCGCUGCUCGACAAGAUCAUGUCAUCUCCCCCUUGACUCCCCAGGUACGGGAAACGAGUCAAUCGGCGGCGCCAUCUCCGACUCACGUGACUCCUACUUGGACCCCUGAGCUGCAGAACGAUUCUGACGAAGAGCUACGUGUGAGCCAUGUUCGAAUUCUACCGACAAGCCUUCCUUAUGUGCAUGAACAAAUAAUGGAACAGCGAGGCGGGGUACGGGGAAAGGGUCGACAGCAGGGAAAUGACAGUUCACCACCGGAUGCUGAUAUAGAGAGCAAUUAUCAUCCCAUAGAGAGGACACCGGAACAACAAGCUGCGACUGCUCGGGCGUUGAAGCCACAUUCUCGCAGCCUUGUAGACCUAGACAAACUUCGUUUUGUGCCUCCGGAUAGAUUCCAAGCAGCGCACGUGCCACCGAAACGAUCGAGAAAAUGGCAAUUCGGUAUUCGUUCUCGAAACCAGCCUUACGAGGCCAUGCUGUGUCUAUACAAGGCCAUUGCAGCAGUGGGUGGUGUAUGGGAAAUCCAACCAGCAGAGCCAGAAGGCGAGGCAACACCCUUUGAACAUGACCCUAGCCAGCCAAAACCACUCCAGCGUAAAUACCCCGACCUACCUUCGGAUUACUACAUCCCUAAGGAGCCUUGGUUCAUUCGCGCACGAUUGCUGAAGGAAGGCGUCACUGCGCCUGGUGUAUCUCUCAGCGCUCAUAGCAGCCGGAGUGACCUUGGCGAUCUCCGGCGGAAAGUUAACUUGAUGAACGUAUCCAUCAGUGCUGAAGACAAGGCGGCCAUUGCGGCUGCGGUACAGGCCAGCUCUGAAGGCGCGAGUGGCAGCGGUCCUUCCUCUCUGGAUCAAAUGCAGUCGAUGCGGAUAUCAUAUGGAGUAUGGGUCUUCAUCGACAUUCAACUGUACCAACUUGAAGCCAACAAUUACAUGGUCGACUUCAAGUGCGACGGAUACCAGAACGUCAUUCGAGCCGACAUCGACGGUGAAUGGCGACCCGUCAGCAAGCGGUUUCACAACAAAGAGAAAGAAGUGACCAGUCCAUAUCCUUAUUUGGAUGUGGCAUCGGAUUUGGUUGCUCAACUAGCGAUUCAAGAGUAUACUCCGGUCCCCCAACCGCCGGGCGUGCCCCUGCUCGGCAACAUCUUCGAUAUCGAAGGCGAGGUUCCAUUGAGAAGUUUGGAGCUUCUCGCCGAUACAUACGGCCCGAUCUAUAGACUGACCACAUUCGGCGUCUCGCGAGUGUUAAUCACGUCCCACGAGUUGGUCGACGAAGCAUGUAAUGAAGAACGCUUCAGAAAAGCCGUGUUCGGUGGCCUGCACGAGAUGCGACAUGGAAUCCACGAUGGAUUGUUCACGGCCGUGUAUCCCGGCGAAGAGAAUUGGGCCGUGGCUCAUCGAGUGCUUGUCCCUGCGUUUGGCCCAUUGUCGAUUCGCGGAAUGUUUGAUGAAAUGUAUGAUAUUGGCACACAGCUGGUCCUGAAAUGGGCCCGUCAAGGACCCAAACACUCCAUCACUCCAACAGAUGACUUUACGCGUUUGACAUUGGACACGAUUGCGCUGUGUGCUAUGGGCACUCGCUUCAACAGUUUUUACCACGAAGAUAUGCACCCCUUUGUUGACUCGAUGAUGGGCAUGCUGGUCGGUGCCGGUCAGCGAGCUCGUCGGCCUGAUCUUAUCAAGAACUUGCCAACAAGCGAAAACACGAAAUUCUUCAACGACGUCGCCGCGUGCCAAAAGAUUGCGCGCGAUCUACUUGAGGAACGACGGAAUAACCCCGAGCCGGAAAAGAAAGAUCUGCUGAAUGCCAUGGUUCUGGGCAGAGAUCCCAAGACUGGCCAGGGGUUGACGGAUGAUACCAUUAUCAACAAUAUGAUCACUUUCCUGAUUGCAGGUCACGAAACAACAUCGGGAUCGCUCUCGUUCCUCUUCUAUUAUUUGGUGAAAACACCACAUGCGUAUAAGAAAGUCCAGGAAGAAGUCGACUCCGUCAUCGGCCGGAGAAAGAUCACUGUCGAAGACCUUUCUAAGCUGCCCUAUAUCAAUGCAUGCUUGCGAGAAGCACUUCGCCUGAAACCUACUGCUCCCGCAAUUGUUGUUGAGCCACACCCGACAAAGAACACCGAAGACCCUGUUACACUCGGAAACGGCAAAUACAAGCUCGAAAAGGGCGAGCGAGUUGUCAUCGUCGUGCCUAAGCUUCACCUCGAUACUGCGGUUUGGGGCGAUGAUGCUCUCGAAUUCAAACCUGAACGCAUGAUGGACGGCAAGUUUGAACAGUAUCCUAAGAACGCAUGGAAGCCGUUCGGUAACGGUAUGAGAGGGUGUAUUGGACGACCAUUCGCGUGGCAAGAGAUGCUCAUCGUGGUAGCCAUGCUGUUCCAGAACUUCAAUUUCCAGCCUGAUGACCCGAGCUACAGUCUUCGUAUCCAACAGGCGUUGACAAUCAAGCCCAAGGACUUCCAGAUCAGAGCCACACUGAGAGAAGGAUUAGAUGCUACGACCUUGGACUCGGUCCUCAACAGUGGUCAAGAACCCAAGGUAACUUCUAACAGGGAGAAAAAGACAGUUGCCAGUGGGCCAUCGGAAGCAGGAAAGCCAAUGCAUAUCUUUUACGGAAGCAACACCGGAACGUGUGAAGCAUUCGCCCGGCGACUGGCUGAAGAUGCCGCGGGCUUCGGUUAUUCCGCUCACAUCGAUUCACUCGACUCGGCAAUGCAGAAAAUCCCAAAGUCGGAUCCGGUCGUAUUCAUUACUGCGUCGUAUGAAGGCCAACCGCCUGACAAUGCGGCUCUCUUUUUUGAAUGGCUCAGUGGUUUGAAAGAAAAGGAGUUGGAAGGUGUCAACUAUGCCGUGUUUGGGGCCGGUCAUCACGACUGGGCCGCCACUUUCCAUCGUAUCCCUACUGUGGUAAACGAGCUCGUAGAGAAACAUGGCGGCAAACGUCUUUGCGAAAUGGGCGUCGCAGACACGGCUGACGCAGAUAUCUUCACCGCGUUCGAUACAUGGGGCGAGUCCCAGCUCUGGCCGGCGAUAGAAUCGCAAUUCGGAGCCUCGGAGAAAGGAAAAGAAUCCAAAUCCAAAUCUGCACUGAAUGUGGAAAUCAGCUCCGGAAUGCGCGCAACGACUCUGGGCCUACAGCUCGGCGAGGCUCUGGUAGUUGAGAACAGGCUCUUGACAGCCCCGGAUGUGCCAGCCAAGCGUUUGGUCAAGUUUCAACUGCCGUCUGAUAGCAGCUACCAGUGUGGCGAUUACCUCGCUGUGCUUCCUGUGAACCCCAGCGGUGUCGUCCGGAAGGCAAUCCGACGAUUUGGCUUACCCUGGGAUGCCAUGCUCACCAUCCAGAAAGCUGCCGGCGCAACGGCGGGCCCGUCGAUUCCGUUUGACACGCCUAUAUCUGCGUUUGAACUAUUGUCGACAUAUGUGGAACUCUCCCAGCCGGCCUCGAAAAGAGACAUCAACGUACUCGCAGACGCCGCGGCGGCGGAUCCAGACACACAGGCAGAGCUACGCUUCCUCGGGUCCAGUCCAACUCGAUUCGCAGAGGAUAUCGUGGCCAAGCGCAUCAGUCCGCUGGAUUUGCUCAUUCGCUAUCCCAAAAUAGACCUUUCAAUUGGCGAUUAUCUGACUAUGCUUCCGCCCAUGCGCGUUCGUCAGUACUCGAUUUCGUCUUCUCCCAUCAGAGACCCGUCUGAAUGCUCGAUCACGCUUUCCGUUCUCAACGCACCAUCUCUUCAUUCGACGGGCUUGGAUGAAAUUUCUGAGGAAGAAAGAUAUCUCGGUGUAGCAUCUACUUAUCUAUCCUCUCUCAAGGCUGGCGAUCGUGCGCAUGUCAUGGUUCGCCCUUCAAACAGCGGGUUCAAACCACCCGUUGACCUGCAGACACCUAUGAUCAUGGCUGCCGCUGGGAGUGGUAUUGGUCCAUUCCGCGGUUUUAUCAUGGACCGCGCGGAGAAGAUCCGGGCUCGUAGAGGAAGCAGCGGUAGUAACAGCGAGGGUGAUUUCAAGCCCGCCCCUGCCAUUCUCUACGCCGGAUGUCGCACAAAGUGCAAAGACGACAUCCAUGCUGACGAGCUCGCGGAAUGGGAACGGCUUGGUGCUGUUGAGGUUCAUUGGGCGUACUCACGUCCUGAAGAGGAUGGCGCAUCGCACGAGGGGCAGCAUGUUCAGGAUGCGAUGUUCGAGGAUGCUACGAAUGUGAUUUCUCUAUUCAACGCAGGUGCUAGGAUAUAUGUCUGCGGUAGCACCAGUGUUGGGAACGGUGUCCGUGACACCGUCAGAAAGCUAUACUUGAGCGAGAGGAGGAAACAAUUGGCAGACGGGGUGCUGGAACAAGACUCGCCGGCUCUAUGGCCCGACCUGGAUGAAGAUGCAGCGGUGUAUAAGUUUGUGGAGCUAUUGAGGACGAAGGAGAGAUUUGUUACGGAUGUUUUUACUUGA